AUGUCUUCGGGUCUAUUCGUUGUCCUCCUUUUCACCCAGCUACUCCUUUUUUCUCUUGCAGCUCGUCCCCAUCACCGAGCAUCACAGUGCCAGCCAUUAAAGACUUCGUUCUCUGACGCCUCCUCUGUGGCAGCAAACUUGUCUGCUUCCUUCGUAGCCGUGAGCCCCGAGGAGUCAUACCAGGUCGGAAAAAGCGGAUUAGAGCUCCUUCUCAAGGGACCAGACGGAAACGUUAUAUCGGAAGGUGGCGUGAACGAUGAACUUGGGACAGGCGCUACCGUCAACUCGACGUUUUUUCUUCUAUAUGGCGUAGUCACUUUUGAGAUCGCCGCACCCCCUGUGCCCGGCAUAGUCACAGCUGCCAUUCUCCUAUCAAAUGCUACCGAUGAGAUCGACAUUGAAAUACUUGGUGCGGAUGUUACACACUGGCAAACUAACAUGUUUGCGCCUCCCUCCGGCACCAACAACUCCACUCCGGCGCAACCGAUGUACAAUGUCUUUAGCUCUGUGGAAGGCAUAGGCGCCAACCACACGGACAUCACUAAAACCCACUCCUACUUUAUCAACUGGACAAGCACCCAGAUUGAUUGGGGAGUCGAUGGGCAAGUGGUACGGACGUUGAAAAAAGGUGUGGAUUAUUUGAAUUGUUCAGCGCGAAGAUUAAAGUAUGCCUCAAGUGGACACAGAAAAGAAUGGAGUAUUUUAUUUCCCUUCUCAUCCUGCUCGGAUUCAGAUCGGAAUCUGGGAUGCAAGCAGCCCAUUAGGAACGUGUCAAUGGGCGAAAGGUCCAGUCAAUUGGGCACAAGCUCCAGGGAUAAUGAAUGCCACGGUGAAGAGCAUCACAGUAGAAUGUCCAUGAGAGGUGUCAAAAGAUAUCUUCAAUGUAAGUCUGUACUACUUAUGGUACUUAGGGCCCUAUUCGAUUUUGAAUUGGUACUUUGA